CCAUCAUCUCCUUUGCCUUGCAGCCGCUCUCUUCAGUGAAGUGCAUAGUUCGAGCGUCCGCCCCUAUGGAGCAUUUGAGAACCUUAUCCUAACGGGCCCCCGAAGAUUUGCUUGGAACUGCUCCUUCAGGCGAUUGCGCGAGGAGGGCCGCGGUGAAAAGAACGAAAAAUCACUCCAUACUUUGCCAUGUGAAAUGUAGAUUAAAUCUAGUGAUCUUCGAGAUGUGAGCUUCUCCAACAAUCCACCAGUGACAAAGGCCCCAAAUUGCUCUAACUACCCUACACUUUCUCUCAUCACACACAAAGCAAAACAUUCAGAAUUAUUGGCCGGAGUAAAAUUAUUGAUCCUGAAGGUCUCAGCACUGAGUAGGUGACAGAUGGGCACAUGACAUGAGCCAUCGGGUGGCCACGCUCAGCAAACAGCGCUCCUUCACUCUUCUCAGGCCAUUCAGGAACCCUGUGUGGAGAUCAAGAAUAUUGUGAAUUAAUUUUUCUUCACUUCGCUAGUUUAAAAGCGUAGAUUUCUGCAGAUGUCUAUCGUUCGCUUUUCAUUCGGAACAGAUCCAGCAUUCCUAAGUCCAUGUUUAACAGCCAAUAUUACCGCUAAAGAAGAGUCUAACCUGCUCCAUCCAAAUAUUCCGAGCCCCAGUUACGUCCACCUUUCCCCACAGGGAGAUUACUUGCAAAGAUGGUAGUUUCUCCAUCGAUAUAUGAAGAAUAGUGCAGAAGUAGGCGGCUAUAUCAGAACCGAUGGAGCUCCACCGUCGAGGAAAUUUUCAGGAGGCUAGUAUAUAGGGAGCCACUGGCGGAUCUAUUAAACCAUUUAAAGAAGGAGAUAUCCUAAUCAGGCACUGCUCCAGUGGAUACCAUUGAGAAAGACUUUGAUGUCAUCCAAGCAAAACUCAGAGGGCAGGACAGGUAAAAUAGCAUUGAUUCGGCGGCCAAUUUAGCAGGCAGUGGCUUGGUUUCUGCCAAAUCAUUGGAUGCUUUGGGUACCUGAAGCUUUUGGCGGCCACCACAUACGCUGACCCUCUCUGGAUCAAUAUCCCUAAUGUCUCUCGUGGCGACAUUCAAAUCAAUUCCGAAUACGUCGCCUACUCAAUCAAUUAUGUGUCUGCCAUCUGCCAGGGGCAGAACGUAUCCAUCAUCACCUGGCCACAAGGCAGCAUAAACACUCAAUGGUCACUGAAAUACUGGCCCUCCACCCAAGACAUCGUUGAGGAUUUUAUUGCCGUUAGCCCUGACUUUGGCGAAACCAUUCUCACCGAGUUCAUAUGUCCUCCUCUGCAGCGUGCCCUCUUCUGUACCCCAGCCUUCGCCCAAUAAGCCUCUAAAUCAACAUUCCUUGACGUAUUGCGUUCCAACGGAGGUGACUCCACAUACGUGCCCACCCCACCACCACCAUAUACUCAGCUUUUGAUGACAUUGUGCAGCCCAUGAGCGGACUUCAAGCUUCUAGCCUAAUGCGCGACGAGCGCAACAUCUGCGUGACCAAUAAUGAGAUGCAGAAAGUGUGCCCCGCCGUCCUGCUGGAGGCAUUUACACGCACACAACCAGUCUAAUCAACCCACUUACAUGGGCGCUGAUCCAGGAUGCUUUGCUUUGCUGAAUCCGGGCCCCGGGAAUACUGAGCGUAUUGGACAUCUUGAAAAGGAGGUUUGCGAUAAGUUCGUCCCUGACGAAUUGGAUAUUGACGAUCUCUUUGAUACAGUGGGUCUCGUCUUUAUUUUCCUGGGAGAAGCGGUGAAUUAUACAGAAAAGACGAACGUGGAACCGGCUACUAAGGGCUACGCGGAAAUUUGAGGGUUGACAAACAGAUGACAUUGGUUGUUGUAGAGAAAACGCGGGAGAAGUAAUUGAUGGAAUAAUCAGUUGUAAACUAUAUUUUUGUAUAAUGAAACGGUGGAGAAACAGCUUUUGCUUGAAUCUUUUAAUAACAGAAGAAC